ACACUGAUAUUGAUUGGUGUUUUUACUCCUUUAUGUUUUAUUUUGUUUUUAUUUUAGGAAAUAGAAAGUAAAAUAUGCACCUUAUAAAAUAGAGAAUAAGUGAAAUAAAACUAUAUUAAAUGUAUGAAGUUCGUGUAUACAGCAAUAUUAUACAAUAUUUAUACAAUAUUAUAUUGUGACAAAAACGCGACUUGAAAACCAUUAAAGCUAUAUUUAAAAGUAAUUUAUUAUAAAAUAAUUAAUCAGAUUCUCAUUGAUACUCAGAAUGAAAAUUAGUAGUAUCAGUAGUUUCUAUCGUUCGGCAAAAGUGAAGAUUACUUAAGAGUUAUUUCAAUAAUUAGUUUACAUUUUCGUAAUAGACGCUUAUUAAACAAGUUAUUCGAGGACAUUUCAACCUCUACUGGGUACCAUAAGAAGCGACCUUGGCAACAUGCAUACUGACGACGAAGUCCCCGUUACCAAACAAGAAGAUAUUAUCGACGAGUCGCUUGAUAACAUAAGUGUAAGACUUGAUAAAAGCGACGCAAUCAAGAAAGAGAAAAAGAGCGAUACAGAAGACCCUAAACCGCGAAUAGUUCUCACAUUUCGAUCGGAGAAAUCUGGGGCGAAAACUAGCAACAUGAAAAUUGUAUCUAAUGAGGAAAAACACGAGGAAAUUUCUCCUCGAAGGUCUAUCAGAAGACGUAACACAAAGAAAGAGUCUGAAGAUGAUGUGAGUCAUGUUGAUUCCGAAGACGAUGAACUGAUUGAGACUACUCCUCCUAAGCGUUUCACUAGACAUCACAGUAAGGCAUUCACAGAUGUUAUUGCAAAUGCUAUUGCAAGAAAAGCAUCUUACUAUGAGGCACGCUCAUUAUUUACACAAACAUUGUCUCGUAGAAUUAAACCAAAAGCUAAAAUACUAGCCAAUAAGGAGUUAAAAAUUGGCUUAGAAUCUCAAAACAAUGCUCAUCUUGGAAUAUCUGCUGAUAAAAGUUCAGAGGAAGGAGUGAGAACUAGACGCUCAGCCCAAACUAGAAGUGCUGAAUAUUCAUCAGAGAAAAGGGUUUCAAAACGAAAACUCCAAGAAGAAAGUGCAAAUGACAGUUCAGAUAAAGAGAGUGACAAUUCUUCAAAGAAACUGAUCCACUUGUGUAACCUCGGCCUUAAAGUCAAGGAUGAUGAUGAAUCAAGUGAAGCAGAAAACAGAAAAACAGACAGCUCAGCAAAUGAGGCAGCAGAUGAUGAUGAAGAUGAAGAGAUUGAUGAUGACACAGAGGUUAUUAGUAAACUUCUAGAAGCAGAUGAAGAGAGCGCCAGUGAUGAAGACUUCUGUCCAGAGUCUUCUACAAAGCGAAGGCGUUCUCGAAAAAACAGCUCCCCUGCUCCCCUGCGACGAUCAUCCCGCAAAGCUAAUUCUGGUCUUUACUAUUACGAUACCUUUGCGUUUGAAGAUGGUGGCGACAGUGACUAUGAACUAAAACGUAAGAGUACCAGAUCUCACGGUGCAGAGGAAGUUCCUUCUGAAGGGGAGACUGAAGCUAAAAUUGGCUCUGAUGCGGCUGGCGCGGAGGAGGACGUUGAGGCGGCGUGCCCGGGCGACACCACCACAGUUGUUGCCACGUGUCUGUGCGAGGAACCCACAAACAUAUAUGCUGCUCCUUCCGAAUUGAAAGAGCCGGUGUUCUGCCAGGCGGUGGAGCUGGUGGAGGGCGUGCGCGUGGGCUGCUCGCACGCGCUGCCGGCGGGCGCGCCGCGCGCUCUGCUGCGCGCCGGCCCGCGCGCGCCCUACGUGCUCGCCUGCCGCCUGCACGCCGCGCAGCUGCGGCGACACAUGUGCUGCCCGCUCUGCGGACUGUUCUGCACGCAGGGUAUAUUCUACCAAUGCUCGAAGAAGCACCUGUUCCACGUGGAGUGCGGUAUCCAGGGCGACGCGAAGCAGCGCGCCGGCUGCCCGCACUGCGGCGUGCACUCGUACCGCUGGCAGCCCGUCAACCGCGACUACGUGCGUGUGCGCGUCGACAUGCACUGCAGCAACAAGCGCGUGUUCCUGCCCGACCAGCGCGAGCAGUGUACUCCAGCAUUUCUGGGUUUUACACCGCUCGAUCAGUCACAACUGGACCAAAAGCCACCGAUUCCUGAGGAGUUACUAGCGUCGAUGCCUUCCGAUCUUAAAAAGUUGUUCGAGAGAGACGACGCAGAUUCAACAGAUUAUUCAAUACAUGACUUAUAUCAGGCGAUUAUAGCCGGUGAUGCAAUGGAACAGCUGAUACCGAAAAUAGUGUCAGUCCGCGGGUCCCACCUCAACGAGCCGCUGGCCGAGUGCGAGGGCGGCACGUGCGCGCACGCGGCGGCGGCGCACGGCCGCGUGCUCGCCACCUGCCUGCUGCAGUUCGCCGGCGCAGACCUGGACGCCGGGGACUCGCUGGCGCGCACGCCGCUAAUGAGGGCCAUACUAGCAUUACUAGAUAAAGACACGACUGAAGAAGCAGAGCAAGAGGUCCAUGAAGAAGAAUCUAACGAUAACAAGAAGAUAAAACAAAUACAAGACGGUGAAGAUGACGAAGUUAAGAAGGAUGGAGACGAAGAAGUGGAGGCGAAAAAGAAGGAAGAACACGACGAAGAAACAAACAAGGACGAAGAAGACAAGACUGAAGCGAAAGAAGAUGACAUUAAUGAAGACCCAAAUAAACCAAACGAAGAAGAUUUCAUGAAAGUUAUAAAAUAUUUGUUAGCAGCUGGCUGUGAUGUUAACAAGCAGGGCCCGGAGGGCAUGACGGCGCUGCACAUGGCGGCGCAGUUCGGCGGCGAGGCGGUGUGUCGCGAGCUGCUGCGGGCGGGCGCGCGGCCGGACGCGCGCGACCACGGCGGCUGGACCGCGCUCGUGCGCGCCGCCGAGCACAAGCACGCGCACGUCGUGAGGCUGCUGCUGGAGAGCGGCGCGGAUGCGCUGGCGAGCGACAAUGAGGGCAACCUGGCGGUGCACUGGUGCGCGCUGGCCGGCGACGCGCGCUCGCUGGCGCUGCUGCUGCGGGCCGCGCCCGCCGCCGCCGCCGCGCCCAACGCGCACACCGACACGCCGCUGCACGUCGCGGCCAGGGAAGGUCAUUACGCCUGCGUCAUCGUAUUGCUCGCACACGGGGCUAAGACGGAUCAAGAGAACUCUACAGGGGAGUUACCUGUGGACGUCUGCAGUGGAGCGAUCCGUAACGCCAUCCUACUCAACAUGGAGAUGACAAUGGCCGUGAAGGAUAAGAUACCGCGUAGCCGGAUUCUGUGCAGCGACAUCUCCAAGGGUCGCGAACCAUUCUCCGUGCCGUGCGUGAACGACGUGGACGACGCUCCGCCGCCGGAUGACUUUACGUACGUGUCGCAGCACGUCGCGCCCGCACAUGUGCCGCUCGACGACUCCAUCGAGACCAUGCAGGGCUGCUCGUGUUUGGAGUGCGAUGACGAGUGCGCGUGCUGCGUGCUGGGUGUGCGGCGCUGGUACCGCGCCGGCCGCCUGCCCGCCGCCUUUCCGUACCACGACCCGCCCAUGCUCUUCGAGUGCAAUCAGACCUGCGCCUGCGACGCGAAGCGCUGCCCUAACCGCGUGGUGGGGCCGGUGGCGCGCGGCGGCUCGCUGGCGGUGCCGGUGGCGGUGUACCGCACGCGGCGCUGCGGCUGGGGCCUGCGCACGCGCCAGGCCGUGCCGCGCGGCGCGCUCGUGGCGCUGUACCGCGGCGAGCUGCUGCCGCACGAGCGCGCCGACAUCCGCGCCGACGACCAGUACCUGUUCGCGCUCGACCUCAAGCCGGACCUGCUCGAGCAAUGCAGCGAACAGACGCAGCUGUGCCUGGACGCGGCGCGGUUCGGCAGCGCGGCGCGCUUCAUGAACCACAGCUGCCGGCCCAGCGUCGCGCCCGUGCACGUGUUCACGGAGGCGCGCGACCUGCGCCUGCCGCACGUGGCGCUCUUCGCGCUGCGCGACCUGCGCGCCGGGGACCCGCUCACAUUUGAUUAUGGUGAUAAAUUCUGGUCAGUAAAGUCGAAGUGGAUGAAGUGCGAGUGUGAGGCUCCCGACUGCAAAUACCCCACCAAAUGUACAGAAGAAGAUGAGUCAUAAGUUUAUACUAUUAAAAAAAUUAUGUUAAUUUGUAUUGAUUUCGAUAACUGUAUAUAUAGGUUAAUAAGUACAAUU